ACACAUGUAGCGGAGACCAGAUCACGCAUCCAGCAAGAUGACGCGACUUACAGUCACUCAGACAGCCCGAAACCAUUUGUUUGGGCUGGCACCCAACCAGGAUCGUCGCGUGCCUAUCAGCAUGCUAAUAUCGCAACAAAAGAAAUUAGGUUUUGGUCGGCUGACAGUUGUAAUGUUUAGUAUAUGUACCGUGGUACUAGGUAUAAUACUAUCAUUUGUACCAUGGUUGGACUAUAUUAUAUUUAGAGAAUUGAAAUUAUGGAACGGCUCCCUUAGCUACAGUUACUGGCAUAAACCUGGUGUUAUCAGGCUGACGAAGGUGUACAUCUUCAACGUGACCAAUCCCCAAGGGUUCUUGGAAAAUGGGGAGAAACCUAAGCUGGUAGAAGUUGGACCUUUCGUUUAUAGAGAAGACAUGGAGAAAGUGAAUAUAAAGUUUCACGAGAAUGACACGGUGACAUACCAACACAACAAGAUACUCCGCUUCGUGCCCGAGAUGUCGGUAGACAAAAACCAGAAACUAGUUGUGCCCAAUAUCCCUUUAUUGACAGUGACCUCCUUCUCCCCGAACCUUGGAAGCUGGGUGUUUAACCUGCUGGUGUCUGGUCUCGCCAUCACGUACCGAGAUAGGGCCAAACCAUUCGUCCAUGUUACUGCUGAAGAACUGGUUUUUGGAUACAACGACCCUUUGGUGACCUUGGCCCAUUACUUUUAUCCCAAAGGAAAGAGACCGAACAGUCAAAUGGGAUUACUACUCGCGAGAAACGGAACUUUGGACGAAGUAUCAACGAUGUAUACAGGACAGAAACAGCUGGACAGAUUUGGAUACAUGGACAGAAUAAACGGACUGGAUCAUCUCCCACAUUGGAAGGACAGGCCAUGCAACGACAUACGUGCAUCCGAAGGAUCCUUCUUCCCACCUCGUUCAGUGACCAAAUCUGACAUAGUUCACGUGUAUGACAAGGAUUUAUGCAGAAUUCUACCUCUCCAGUACAGAAAAGAUGUUUAUAAAGAUGGCAUCAAAGCUGGUCUUUACACCCCACCAGCGUCUACAUUUGAGAGUGCUGAUGUAAAUCCGGAUAACAAAUGCUACUACCCGGGUGAGAAGUGUCCACCAAGAGGACUGCAGAAUAUCAGUCCCUGUCAAUACAACGCACCGGUAUAUCUUUCCUUCCCACAUUUCUAUGACGCUGACCCUGCUCUGCUGGAGCCUUUCGAGGGUUUAAAACCUAACAAGAAGAAACAUGAAACUUAUUUUAUGAUACAGCCUAAAAUCGGAGUGCCAGUAGAAGGAUUCGUUCGAGUCCAGCUUAACUUGAAAGUGGACCGUGCUCCGAAUAUCCCUAUCAACAAUAUCAACAACUUCCCUGACACCAUAUUCCCUGUUAUGUGGAUUGAAGAGGGCAUCCACGAGCUCUCAACACCGAUCUGGCGAUGGAUCUACCUCGCCACAACCGUCGGGCCGGUCUUCGCGCCCAUCAUAACUGCAUCGAUGAUCAUAUUCGGUUUCCUAACCCUGGCCGUCAUCUUCAUACGAGCCUACAAAAGCCUAGUCAUAGGGCAAAAUUCUUUGGAGAUCAUGGAGAUUGGGAGGCAAACUAUAAGACGGAGUUCAACGCUGAUUAUCAGCGGGUCUCAUAAAAUGAUGCCUCACAGAGCUGAAUCAGCUUAUAUUCCGUUGAAUCAAUGUGGGGAUAAGGUUCAGGAACUAAGCUUUGUAAGAACGGAUAGUAAAGAGUUUAAAAGUGUAUUGAGGAGCGAUUUCGUGAGAUCUAGCUUUAGUGAAGCUGAAAGAGAAUCGUUGAUACGGUCUGAUAAUAGUUUUAUUGUGUCAGAACAUACGUUUAACCAGGAUUAGAGGGUUUUAGGUUAUGUUUCAACUGUCCCCGCCAUCUUGUUUUGCAAUUGUCAAAUAUUAAGUAAAAUAAAAAAAACAUUCCUUUUUUGAAUCAUGAAUUUA